AUGUCCGGCAGAUUCUACGAGUCCACGGACGACCACCACCUCAAACCGAUGCACCUCUCGCAAAUCCACAACCACUCCUCCGCCUCCCUAACCUCAACCUUCAGCACCAACACCACGCCCCAAACCACCACCUACCAUGCCCUCCCACACGACACCAACGAAGAAACCCGCAGCCUCCACGACCUCACGCACCGCGACACGACCCUCAAACGCCGCAUCCGCCUCCUGCGCAUCAUCUCCCGCCUCCUCGCGACCCUCGUCUCCCUCGCAACCCUCAUCCCCCUCCUCAUCACCCUCACAAAAUUCCUACAGACUCGCGACGUCCACUUCACCGUCAACGGCAAGUCGCGCACGGCCUGGGCGAACGACUCCCUGCCGUGGUACACGUACAUGUACACGGCGGUGGCCGGGGUGUCGUUUGUGCUGAAUUUCGUCGUGGUGGUGUCGUAUUGUCGCGGGAUUCGCGCGGCGAAUCAGGCGGCGAAUGUGGGGACUUGGUGGACGUGGGCGGUGGUUUUGAGUCAUGUUGUUACUUGGGGGGUGGCGGCGGGGGUUUAUCGGUAUGGGAAGCCUGAUAAGAAUGGCAAGCAUAGGGAUCUGUGGGGGUGGACGUGUAGUGAUACGGCGCAGGAGCUGCAGCAUGUGUUGGCGAAUGUGGAUUUUGCGAGGUAUUGCAAUAUUCAGUCCAGUUCGUUCUACUCCGGCAUAGCGAACGUCGUUCUGGGGCUCUUGACGCUUGUGAUCACCAUCAUGGCAUUGGUUCGAACCAAGACGAAGAAGAAGCGGGCGGCGAGGGCAGCGACGCUUAAGGCUGGGACGGAUUUCGAGCCUUUGAGGGGUUGA